AUGGCUGGUCUAGUGGUUGCGUAUGCAACUUUGUUGAAAAUAUACCCCCUCGAAAAAGGCAUCUUUGAUCUGAACAAGAGCAUAUCGAUACUGGAGAGUAUGGGUGGUACGUGGACUAGCGCCAGUCGUUGCCGCGAUACUCUAAAGCUGAUGCUCGACCAAUUGACGUCGGAGCCUGGCGGCUUGCCAAACAACACGCCCCAAAUGCCAGCAAACAAACCCGACGAGACAACGAGUAGCGUCAGCUUAGAUUCCGAGGCGUCUGUCGGUACAGCGGAAGAAAUCCAGAACAAACGCCGAAAGUACAACCAUACCGCGACGCAACCGCCUCUCUAUCCCAGUGCGGCCCCUGCGUUGAUACCAGGGCUAGACGCAUCGUACAUGUGGCAACCAGUUUUAGAAUACACCGGACCAGACUUUGGGUUCGAUACGAAUCACUUUUGCCACCAGGGUGCUUGGCAAGAGUUUCUGGUACAGGGUCUAAACCCUGGGUUGUCGGGGCUUUUGUUCGACAAUGCUGGCUGGGAUUCAUACGUCAAGAUCUUUGGGGAUCGUCUGAGCUAG